AUGGCUGUUAACGGAAAAGAAGUAUCUGAGGCUAGCAUGCCGAAGACCAAUGGCUCAAGUGAUAAGGCCAAAUCCAACGGCAUCGUUUCGGAACUCGGUCCUGUGUUGCUAGCAACCAUCACAGUCACUGGCUUGAUCUUCGGUGGCUGUUGCUCCAACGUUUAUGCCUUGGAAUCAAUCAUCAAUUUUGAACCCACGAGUGGUACUCUUUUGACAUUUGUGCAAUUCCUGUUUGUUGCGAUAACAGGUUACAUCGCCCAGUUCGAUAGAAGGCAGCCGCCGCUCUUCCUAACCCCAAAUAAGGUACCACUAAGGCGCUGGGUCGUGAACAUCGUCCUCUUCUUUUCAAUCAACGUCCUGAACAACCAUGCGUUCAGUUAUAAUAUUUCUGUACCGGUACACAUCAUCCUUCGCUCUGGUGGGAGCAUUACCACGAUGGCUGCGGGCUAUCUCUAUGGAAAACGUUACUCUCGCUAUCAGAUUACAGCUGUCGUGAUACUGAGCUUUGGUGUUAUUUUAGCAGCUUGGUCCGACGCGCAAGCAAAAAACCAGCCUCAAUCUUCGGAUCGUCCUGCCUUCAGCACUGGGCUCAUCGUGCUUUUUGUUGCUCAAAUUCUUUCCGCCAUCAUGGGGCUUUACACAGAAGCGACCUACAAAAUUUAUGGUCCUCAGUGGAAAGAGAAUUUGUUCUAUUCCCAUGUCCUCUCUCUCCCUCUCUUCUUACCCUUUGCGCCCUCCAUGGCACAGAAUUUCACUAGGCUGUACAACAGUGCUCCUCUAUCAACUGGAACACACAUUUUCCUUACCACCUUUCAGACCAAAAUCCCCAGUCAAUUGGCAUUUGUCGUCGCCAAUGUACUCACACAGUACGCCUGUAUCAGAGGGGUCAACCUACUGGCUGCGGCUUCGUCUGCCCUGACGGUCACUAUUGUUCUGAACAUCCGUAAACUUGUGAGUUUGCUGCUCAGCAUCUGGCUCUUCGGGAAUUCGUUAGCAUAUGGCACUAUCGCGGGUGCCAUAUUAGUGUUUGGUGGUGGCGCACUUUACACUAUGGAUUCGACCGCCAGAUCUGGCACCACCUCUUCGGCGAAAAAAAGAGACUAG